AUGGAUCGCCAUUUCAGUUUCAUUUCCAUUUGGCUACAACUGGAACUCUGUGCCAUGGCUGUUCUUCUAACUAAAGGAGAAAUACGGUGUUACUGUGAUGCCCCCCACUGCGUGGCCACGGGCUACAUGUGUAAAUCUGAUCUAAACGCCUGUUUCACCAAGGUGCUGGACCCAAUGAACACUAACUCUCCCCUCACGCACGGGUGUCUAGAUCCCAUAGCGAACGCUGCCGACAUGUGCAGCUCUAAGAACACAAAUGCCCUGAGUGAGCGUUUGUCUAUGCUGGAGUGCUGUCACGACGAUAUGUGCAACUACAGAGGCCUUCACGACCUGGCUCACACCAGAGAAUCAACAGAGCACGGCAGGUACCAGCCUGAGAGCAACAACCGUCACCUGGUCACGCGGGUACAGGAGCUGGCCUCGGCCAAAGAGGUGUGGUUCAGGGCAGCGGUGAUCGCGGUGCCCAUCGCUGGAGGCCUCAUCUUGGUCCUUCUCAUCAUGCUGGCCUUACGGAUGCUCCGCAGUGAGAACAAGCGGCUGCAAGACCAGAGGCAGCAGAUGCUGUCACGGCUCCACUACAGUUUCCACGGCCACCACACCAAGAAGGGCCACAUGGCGAAGCUAGACCUGGAGUGUAUGGUGCCCGUGACAGGACACGAAAACUGCUGCCUCACCUGUGACAAGAUGAGACAGGCAGACCUGGGGAACGACAAGAUACUGUCUCUGGUACACUGGGGGAUGUACAGUGGGCGUGGGAAGCUGGAGUUUGUAUGACUUACUUUUCUAAGUUUGUUUGACUUUACUUAAUGUCCCCCCCCCCCCCCGCCCAAAAAACAGCCACGGCUGUCUCCUCUACUCGUUGGGUUUUCUCUUUUAAUUUUAAAAAUGAAUCCCCCGUUUUGUCUAUUUUACUUAACAGCUGGUUUUUUUCAAUGGAGGGGAAAAAAAGAGGACUGAACUGAACGCAAGCCUUGUGGUUUUUGCUGAAGGAGCACUUUACUUGAAAAUGAAAGGCAAACCAUCGAGGCUGUAUUUAAACUUGAGGACAGGACUGACCGACGGACUGAGAAAGCUCUGUCAAGACCCUGUCUGCAUGUGGAUCCUGGACUUUACACGGAGCGCUGAAGGAUUCCAAAUCUGUCUUAUUUGCACAUUUGUAAAAAGUAAAAUAAGUUGUUUUGCUUAAAAAGAAGCUAAGUAGAAGAAGACUUUUACACUGACACCAGGGUUAAACAACAAUAAAAUAGUUCAAUAAUUCAGUGUUGACUGUAGGUGUGUGCACUCCUCUGUGUACGUUUCUUGAUCCAAGCCUAUUGUAAAGAUUUAAAAUAUAUAUAUUUUUGUCUGAAAAGAAA